CAACAACCGAGAUUGUUCAUCUCAAUGCUCCAACGAAUUUUCCAAUUAAGCUCUCUGCCGGCAAUUUUCCAGUUUGGCGUAGGCAAGUUGAGGCUACCCUUAUUGGGUAUAAUCUUCUUCCCUACAUUGACGGAUCUCUCAAACCUCCAUCCAAGUUCACGGAUGCUGAGAAACGGAUUCCUAAUCCAUGUUAUUCCAUUUGGUAUCGUCAAGAUCAAAUCUUGAUCAGUGUGUUUCUUGGCAGUUGUACUGAUUCAGUACAACCUCUCCUUUCAUCUGCCACAACCUCUCAAGAAGCCUGGUCAACUCUUCUCACUAGCUAUGCCAACGCUUCUCCAGGUCGCAUUUUAGCCCUCAGGAACAAGUUAUCUCGUAAUCCUCGUGGCACUCGCUCAAUAUCAGAUUACUUGAAAGACAUGCAACAAAUUGCAUCUGAACUUGCUUUGGCUCAAAAUCCUGUUUCGG